CUCCAGCCAUGCAUUCGGUUUCAGUUGAUUCAGCGGAAGCCUCGCGCACGGUGGUGCCGUGAAUACAUUGUUCUCUCUCUCUCUAGGCUUCUAUUCUAUCACACCCGACUAUAUACCUGCAGCACAUAACAAAAAUUCUCGUUCUCUCAGCCGGGAUGUGGAGAGCGUCGCGAGUGUGCUAUCGUCAUGGAGGACGUUAUUAGAUGGGACGUGGCCACUGCUGGCGUUUGUUGUGACUGAUGUGCAUACGUGUAUGAUAUACAUACAUUCGCGCACACGUGUUCGCUGCAGCUAAUGCAUAUGCUCGUGUAGUUUUCGUCGGACUGUGUUUGUUGUCGUCGAGAAGAGAUAAAGAGAUGCUGAUCAACGAAGACCCGCAGUGGACCGCUUCGGCGGCCGGUUUCGUUGAUGACGAAUUUCGGAUGUUUCCAGAGCUCGGUGGCUUGGAGGACGAGUCCGCCCUGCCGGCCGACGACUUCCUCGAGGCGUUGAGCUCUGGCCUGGAGAUCCCGUUGCUGUUGAACGGCGAGAGUUCGCCUGGCAGUUACGACGAGAGCCCGGACGACAUAAUGAAGACAGCUCUGGAGACGCAGACCCUCGAGAACAUCGACUUCAGCUUCAUGCAGACAGACGACGCCAAGCACGAUGACUUCUGCGACUUCUUCUCUAACGAUGAGAAGAUGGAGGUGUCGCAGGUGAAGAUCGAGCCCAACAGUCCGCAGUUGCCGCCGUCACCGAGUCCCAGCCAGUCCGAGUCGUCGAGUGGCUCCGAAUGGCAGAGCGAGACCUCCAGUGUCAACAAUGGCGAGGGCAAGUUUGCGUUGGAAACGCCUCCGAUAUCCCCACCGCAGAACGAGUCGCCGCCUAUAUCACCCCAGCCUGUGCAGACGAAUCCGUCCCAGAUGCAGCCUGUGAAAUUGUUGCCGCUGAACUUGAAGGACGGCACGACGCAGAAGAUCGUUCUGUCCGAGGGUAACCCCGCGAAGCGCAUCUGCAUACAGCCGAGACUCGAGAAAUCCGGUGUGAAAGAAGCGACCCCUCGGAAAACCAUCGUCCUCAGCGCACAGGACUUCGCCGCGCUCACCCAGAGGGUGAAACAGAACAGCACGACGCAACCCUUAAAGGUCCAGGCUCUGCCUAUGAGCAGGCACGUGAAGAUACAGAACCAGCUGAACCUCCUGCCCGUACAGCAGCAACAACAGGCGAAGACGAGCACGAAUUCGACGGCUUUCGCACAGAAUAACCAGGUGAAGGUCAUCAACACGAUGCCCACCAGUGUGCAGAUCCACUCCAAGACCCCGACGAUCACGGCGAUACCACAGGUCGACGCAAAACCGGCUGCCUCGAUCGUCGUGAAGAAGGAGGCGUCGUCGAGCCCGUCAAUAGUCAUCAAGAACGACGUACCGGUCUGCCCUCCUAUCGUCAUUAAGAAGGAGAACCCAAGCAUCGCGCCGAUAGUCAUCAAGAACGAGUUCCCAGAGUUCAUCGAUCUGCACGAUCGACAGGACAGCGAGAUCAAGGCGCUCAAGAGGCAGCAGAGGAUGAUCAAGAACAGGGAGUCCGCCUGUCUGUCGAGGAAGAAGAAGAAGGAGUACGUCACGUCGCUGGAAAAUCAGAUCGUCGACUUGCAAGAGCAAAACACGCGACUACAAGCGGAGAACGCCGAGCUGAAGCGGAGGCUAUCUGAAAUAGAAGAGGCCAGCGGUAACAAAUUUGGGAGUCAUAAUUUCGGCGUGAAUAAGAAGAACACGGCGAUUCUGUUAGCCAUGGUGUUUAUGGUUUCUCUGAACGUUGGUGGUUUAGGAUUCAACAAUAACCGGCAACCUCUAGGCGACAUACAACCGCACGUGCCAUCGAUAGCGUUACCCAACGUCAGGCACGGCCGAACGUUAUUGUGGUCACAGUCGGACGAACGGGAAGACGAGUCUAAAGAGCGGUUCAACGAUACGCUACCCAAGCAUCAUCCCAUGUGUCCCAUGCACAUAAAUCGCACGGAAUCGAUAAGGCUUGAUUCUGAGCUGAGACGGUGGAUCGGUGGCGAGCCUGACAGGGAGAACUGGACCAAGCCUACGAAAACCGACCUGGAAGUGAAGUCUCUCAACGAGCUGCUGAGCCUUCGGUCUCAUCCAACAACUGACGAGACUGAAGUGAGAAAUAUCAGGCCAGCCAUAAAGAGAACCACGAAGCGCUUGAAAGCCAAGAACAAUCGACAGCUGAACGACAUUCCCUCGAACAUGAACGCUGUCCAGGUGUUUUCGCCGCUACUCCGAGAACACGCCAAGCUUUUCGAUGCUCUAGGCAGAAGAGACGACACGUUCUACGUGGUCUGGUUCACCGGCGAUCACUUGCUGUUACCGGCAUCUAGGAAGAACAGUACGACCAGACCAAGGAUGUCUCUGAUAUUGCCAGCUGUUCCCGUCAAUGGAUCGUACUACUCUACCCCGCCAAAUCACGUGACCAUGAUGCAAAUCGACUGCGAGGUAACUAACACCCAACUACUUCAUCUUCAAGAAGCCAUAAUACCAAAGCAUCUGAGAAAUCAGCCGCAGCCUGAAGGCAAUGUACCAAAAGAUCGCGGCACUGGAAUGUCCGAGACCGCAGGAAAUAACACAAAGAAUUACAAACCCUACUUUCUGAAAGAGAGUAAUGGCACAGAUUCUUUAGAGAACGAGAACUUCAAGCGUCCAUUCACUGCUGAAAACAAGAAUGCUUACAAUGAUAAAAAAGCUUAUGUCACGAAAGAGAAGUACAACAAGGAUUUUCGUCUGGAUGAUACGAAAUAUAACACUAAUAUCGAGAAAGAACAGAAAAAAAUUAACGAAUUCGCUAAUGCUACAGAGGAAUUGAAAAAAAUUAACUAUCCCCAGGAUAGGCGUAUGUUUCGGAGGAAAAUGAAACGCUCCACCAUACAGUAAAUUUUCAACAAUCGAGCCAUACCUAUUUAUGAGGAAUAAAGGGCUGUGUGAAAAAGUAUAACGCUCAUUUAAAGCAAAUUAACUGCCAAAUGAAGCGUAAUAUACACGUGCUAAAAAGCUCGGAAUAAAAAAAAAUUAUCGACAUUAAGGAAACAAAAAGUCUGCAUUUUUGUAAAUUAUUAGAGAGUGAAAAUAGAUAAUAAAUGUCUUUUUCACUGUCAGUUUGUAAGUCAAGUUUGUAAAUCGAGUUUGAUACGCAAAAAAUUAGUAGGUAUGUUAUUGCUGCAUACUUCGUAAAAAGAUAAAAAAAUAAAGUGUGUAACAUGUAUGGUUACAGAAGUUAUAUCUUUUGUAAAGUGAGUGUAAAAAAAGUAAGCUACCGAAAAAUACUUGGAUUGCACUGGGGCAAAAGCAGUUCUUGCGUUGAACUUUUAUAAAAUUACGUUUCAAAAUUGACUGUUAUGUGUGCAAUUGAUGUUAAUAGAUUUUUUGCCAGCGAAGAACUUUAUUACAUUGACAAGAAGAAUGUUUCAUUUCAUUCUCGUUGAAUAGAAAAAAUAAAGUACUUCUGAAUCUAUAGAAUUAAGAUAGUUCUUAAAAAUAUAGUAAAUGUUACAUGAUAUUUUUAAGUAUAUAAGUUUUUGUACAAUAAUGUGCAAUUUUCAGUUAUACAUAUAUUAUGUAUAAAUUCUGAUGAUAAGAUAUACCAUAGUUGCAAUAAACACAAAUGUAUUAUUUGCGUGAGUAUACAAUUAUUAAUUUCUGCACAAGCGUGGAUUUAAAACAAAUGGUUUGCAUUUAUUAUAUAAAAUCCCUUAAAAUUAUUUGUUUUAAGCGAUGUAAUUUGUACAUAGAGAAGCUGAAUAAAUCACUGCAAGGAGUAAUA